CCUCCUUCCCUCCGGGGCGCUCUGGGGAGAGAGGCCCUCGGCGCCUGGGGACUCACGGAGCUCUGCGACCUCGGCGGCCAGGGGAUGAAAGCAGCCUGCGUGGCGUGGCAUGAGUAGCCAGAAGAGAGAAUUCUGAAGGGUUCCAAGAGCUGAGGACAUGGGGACCCUGGCUGUGGAAGUGCUGUACUGUGAUCACCCAGUCUAACUGAGGAGAGAGGAGUGGGGGAGUGCCACCAGGGCAAUCUUCCUUCAUGGUAUGAUGCCCUCUAUCAGUGGGGGCCGUCCUGAGCCAGGAGAGUGGCCGAGUGGAGUACUAUGGAUAGAGCCCAGGGCUGGGCCCAGCCCCAACUGCUAUCUCCAGGAAGCAGGGAAGAGACUGCUCCCAGGCCCAAGGGAAUCAGCUGUGCGGCUGGAGCAACUCCUCAGGGACCCCGAGGCUGGAAAAGACUGUUCACCUGCUGCUCUGCGCACUGACAGCUUGGAGCCGGCUGCCUGCCGGGGUUACAUCAUCUGCAGCUCCAUAAGGCUACACAGAAGCUGGGGUGCCCACACAGGCAGGAAGGCCACCAGGCCAGAAGGACACCUCGCAGCUGAAGGAGGGGACCUUGUUGACUGCUGGAGGGAGGGCGUCCUAUCCUGUGGUACCAUGUCCGCGAGCAGCAGGGAGAUGGGACCUUCUCUGACCCCGGAGAUCCUUAGCCACCUGGGCCUUGCCAAUAAGACUGCAGCUUGGGGGACCCUGGGCACACUCAGGACCUUCUUGAGCUUCAGUGUGGACAAAGAUGUACAGAGGCUACUGAAAGCCAUUACAGGCCAAGGUGUGGAUUGUGGUGCCAUUGUGGACGUGCUAACCAAUCGGAGCAGAGAGCAAAGGCAGCUUAUUUCUAGAGCCUUCCAGGAGCGGACCCAACAGGCCCUGCUGAAGUCCUUGCAGGCGGCACUCUCUGGGAACCUGGAGAAGAUUGUGGUGGCCCUGCUGCAGCCUGCAGCCCAAUUUGAUGCCCAGGAACUGAGGACAGCCUUGAAGGCCUCAGAUUCUGCAGAGGAUGUAACCAUGGAAAUUCUUGCUACCCGAACCCCACCUCAGCUGCAGGAGUGCCUGGCAGCCUACGGGCACCAUUUCCAGGUGGAGGCUGAGGACGACAUCAAGUCUAAGACCAGUGGCAUCUUGCGGGACCUGCUCCUGGCCCUGGCCAAGGGGGGCCGGGAGAGCUACUCUGGAAUUAUUGACUACAAUCUGGCAGAGCAGGAUGUCCAGGCGCUGCGGCAGGAUGAAGGGCGCAGCACCGAGGGGCCAUGGGUCCUAAUCCUCACCCAGCGCAACCCCAAACACCUCACCCGAGUGUUUGAGCAGUACCAGCGGCGCACGGGGCAGGAGCUGGAGGAGGCCGUGCGCACCCGUUUCCGUGGAGAGGCCCGGGCCGCCCUGCUCAGCCUAGCCUCGGUGAUCAGGAACACGCCGCUGUACUUUGCUGACAAACUUCACCGAGCCCUCCAGGAGUCUGAGCCCAAUUACCAAGUCCUGAUGCGCAUCCUUAUCUCUCGAAGUGAGACUGACCUUCUAAGCAUCCGAGCUGAGUUCAAGAAGAAAUUUGGAAAGUCCCUCUAUUCUUCUCUCCAGGAUGCUGUCACAGGGGAUUGCCGGUCAGCCCUUCUGGCCCUGUGCAGAGCUGAAGACAUUUGAGGCGUCCCUUCCCCCGACCUCCAUGUGACAUUCAAGGAUCUAAGAUGCCCAUGUUUGGCUAAGCCUGCAGGAGACCAGCUGGGCCUCUAAAUAGGAUGACCCUUCAUGGUGCCCCAGAUACCAAGUUUCUUGUUAAGGCUGAACUGUAUCUUUUAAAUCCCUAAUUUCUUUAAUUUCAAAAUGGUAUCUUUACCUGGGUCCUCUAGCUCUAUCCUGGAAGAAGGGUAGUGGGAUUUCUUUGAUAGUUUCUAUCCCACCCAUCUUUCUCAUACCCUGGCCAGAACAUCUCUCUGGUACUCCAAUUCUUUUUGGCAAACUUUACUGUUGUUUGUGUUCUCUGACUGAACUUCGGGUGGAGCAGGACACAGACCAGGAAGACGCCUUGGAGCUGAAGCACCUUUGAAGUGCACUUGGCUAUUCAAUGGGAAUCCUGUUUUUGCCCCAGUGUUGCAGUUAUCAACAUGUUCCACCUACCA